GAGGCCGGAAACCGAAGAGAGCUGUGCGUGGGGAAACAUUUUGACAAUAACAAACCCCGGGUCAGAGCAGAAGCUGGAAACAUGGCCGAGGCGGUGAGGCCCCUGCGUCGGACCAAGGCCAAAGCCAGCCGGGCUAAAACCAAGGAAAAGAAGAAAUAUAGUGAAUCUUUUGAGAAAGAAGAAUUUGAUGAGGUGGAAUUCCCUGAAGCUCCCAGAGAGCAGAAAAUAUCUUCCCCAGCAAGUGAAGUCUUAGCAGCAUGUCCUGAGGCAUUAACUGAGGUUCAGUUGCAGGAUGUAGGUCAACUACAAACUGAGAAGGAAAUGGUUGAUAUCUCACUCACUUCUUUAACUUUAGAUGUUGAAGAAUCCCAAAUAGGUAACCUAGAGACAAUAAUAGAAGGGGAAGAGGUUAAAGAACAUCAGCUCUAUGAAGAAACCAAGCCGAAGUACAACCCUGAGGGGGAUGUGAACACCAAAGUAGAAAUCUCUCAGGGUCUUAGGGACAGAGCUCAUAGUGGAUCAACACGAUGUGGACUCUCAGAAAACACGUUCCAGUCUAAUCCUUCUGAUCAGCAGGUAACAGGACUUUUACAGGACCGAGGAUCUGAGAGUAAAGAAGGUCGUAGACAAUCUGUUGGUCUUUCUUCAGAGGUGCUACACAAUGUGGGUUUACAGAGUUGUUAUGAAGCCAAAGAAGUCUUUCAACCAACUAGAUUAAAAAAACUCUAUCCUGAAUUACCAACUGAAUUCUCUGGAGAAAGACCAGCUUUAAUGGCAGUAAAACCACUGUUGCGGAAUGAGCGACUGUACCCUGAAAUUCCCUCUGACUUGGAAUUGGUACCAUUUACUAAAGAGCAGCUGAAAAUCUUUGAGCCUUGUUCCUGGUUAGAAAAUGUUGAAUCAUACUUAGAAGAAUUUGACAGUAUGGCUCACCAGGACCAUCAUGAAUUUUAUGAGUUGCUUUUGAAUUAUUCACGAUGCAGGAAACAGCUGUUGCUGGCUGAGGCUGAAUUGCUCACCUUGACAUCUGAUUGUCAAAAUAUCAAAAGCCGAUUAUGGCAAUUUAAGGAAGAACAAAUGACAGUACAGGGUAUUUGUGCAGACCAAGUGAAAGUUACAGGAUAUCAUCGCUACCAGAGAGUGGAGAUGAAUGAAAAUGCCCUGGGAGAGCUAAAGAAGGCAUUUGAGGCAAAAUCUGAGCAUUUACAUCAGACUCUGGCCCUGCAUUCUUAUACUUCUGUGCUCUCUAGAUUACAAGUAGAGUCCUAUAUUUUUGCACUGCUCAAUAGUGCAGCUGUGCAGAGGUCUUUGUCUGUUCAUCAGCAAGGUCGAGUUUCUAAACAGGCAGAAAGUCUUCCCUCUGAUUUGUGUCACCUGAAGGAGUGUAUUAGUGUUUUAUUUAUGUUCACCCGGAGAGUUAUAGAAGAUGUACAGUUCUACAAUGAUGUUCUUCUUUGGCUGCAGAAAUUGGUAUCAGUGUUACAAAGAGUUGGAUGCCCUGGGGAUCAUCUGUUCCUUUUAAACCAUAUUCUUCGAUGUCCUGCUGGUGUUAGUAAAUGGGCUGUUCCUUUCAUUCAGAUCAAAGUGUUGAAUAAUUCAUCAGGGGUAUUUCACUUUAUGCAGUCUCUUGCCUUGCUCAUGUCUCCUGUCAGAAAUCGAGCUGAAUUUAUGUGCCACAUGAAGCCAAAUGAAUGGAAACCUUCUUCCCCUGGACCUGAGUCUGGAAACUGGACAUUAGUAGAUGAAGGAGGAGAAGAGGAUGAAGAUCCUGAGACAAGUUGGAUUCUCCUUAGUGAAGAUGACUUGAUUGCUAUUUUGUCACAAUUCCCAUUUCAUGAACUCUUUAAGCACUUCCUUGGAUUUAAAGGGAAAGGUGAUUAUUUACCUGAAACAACAAGACCUCAAGAGAUGAUGAAAAUUUUUGCUUUUGCCAACUCAUUAGUGGAACUUCUGGCUGUAGGAUUAGAAACAUUCAAUAGAGCAAGAUACAGGCAAUUUGUGAAACGAAUUGGUUUUAUGAUUAGAAUGACACUUUGUUAUGUGAGUGAUCACUGGGCCCAGUAUGUGAGCCACAACCAAGGCUAUGGAUCAGUUAUGCAGCCAUAUUCAGUGGAGAAGCUCCAGAUUGAAUUUGACGAGCUGUUUCUCAGAGCUGUCCUGCAUGUGCUGAAAGCUAAAAGGUUGGGCAUUUGGCUUUUUAUGUCAGAGAUGCCCUUUGGAACAUUAUCAGUCCAGAUGCUUUGGAAACUCUUCUACCUCAUGCACCAUGCAGAGAAUGAAAAUUUGGAGAAGCUCUCUUCUACAGUCCAGCCUAAUGAAUGCAAGUACCAGCUUCAAGACCCAGAGCAUCUUGUGAGCUUUGAGAAUUAUAUUUCUACCAUGAAUAGCUCAGAAGAAAUUUGCCUUCUUACCACUUUUGCUCAGAUGGCUCAGGCAAGAAAGACCAAUGUGGAUGAAGACUUCAUUAAAGUUAUUGUGCUGGAGAUUUAUGAGGUAGCCUAUGUUAGCCUUUCUACCAGAGAGACUUUUUCAAAAGUUGGUCGAGAGCUUUUGGGUUCUAUUACUGCUGUUCAUCCUGCAAUCAUUUCUGUUCUUUUGGAUAGAGUUAAGGAGACCAUUGACCAAGUUGGAAUGGUUUCCCUAUACUUAUUUAAAGAGCUGCCUUUGUAUCUGUGGCAACCAUCUACCUCUGAAAUAGCUGUGAUUCGGGAUUGGUUAUUGAAUUACAGUUUGUCAGCUGUGAAGAAUAAAUUGGCCUGUGUUAUUUUGGAAGGAAUGAACUGGGGAUUUGGUGAACAGGAUACACUUCAUCUGGAUCAGACUGUUCAUGCUGAAGUGGCUUUAAUGAUUCUUGAAGCUUACCAGAAGUACCUUGCUCAGAAACCAUAUGCUGGAUUACUUUCUGAAAGUAUAAAACAGGUUUCAUAUUUGGCCAGUAUUGUACGUUAUGGAGAGACACCUGAGACCUCAUUUAACCAAUGGGCUUGGAACUUGAUUCUGAGGUUAAAACUUCACAAAAAUGAUUAUGGAAUGCAACAGAAUUGUCCAACGGUUCCUUUCUCGAGCACCGUACCAGAUAUGAAUGAAUCACCCACAUUUCAUCCCCUACUGAAGGCUGUGAAAGCAGGCAUGCCCAUUGGCUGUUAUCUAGCCUUAUCCAUGACAACUGUGGGCCAUAGCAUUGAAAAAUUUUGUGCAGAAGGUAUUCCAUUGUUGGGAAUUCUGGUCCAGUCUAGGCAUCUGCGAACAGUAGUUCAUGUUCUGGAUAAGAUUUUGCCCAUGUUUUACCCUUGCCAAUAUUACCUUUUGAAGAAUGAACUGUUUUUAUCAUACCUCCAUCUAUUUUUGCACUUGGAUAGUGGUAUUCCUCAAGGAAUGACCCAACAAGUCACCCACAAAGUGGCCCAGCACUUGACAGGAACCAAUUAUGGAGAAAAUGUGAAGCUUCUCAGCAGCAUGAUACAGGCCCACAUUUCUGUAAGCACUAAACCCAAUGAAGUAGGGCCUGUUGCUGUUUUAGAAUUCUGGGUCCAGGCCCUCAUAAGCCAGCAACUUUGGUACCGGGAACAGCCCAUUCUUUUCUUGAUGGACCACUUAUGCAAAGCAGCUUUUCAGUAUGUACAAGAGGAUUGUGUACAGAAACUACUUUACCAACAGCACAAGAAUGCUUUAGGUUAUCACUGUGACCGGAGCUUGCUCUCUUCCUUGAUGAGCUGGAUUGUGGCUGGCAAUGUGACUCCAUCUUUUAUUGAGGGAGCCGCUGCUCCCACUCAGGUUUGGUUUGCUUGGAUUGUCCUGAACAUGGAGUCUAUCUUUGAAGAAGAUUCUCAACUUCGUAGAGUUGUUGAAGGGGAGCUGGUUAUUAAUUCUACUUUUACUCCUGAGCAAGCUCUUAAGAAAGCCCAAGCACAGUUGAAGCUGCCUAUUGUACCUUCACUUCAGAGACUACUGAUUUAUCGUUGGGCUCAUCAGGCUUUGGUUACACCUUCUGAUCAUCCUCUUUUGCCACUUAUUUGGCAGAAAUUCUUUCUCCUUUAUCUUUACCGACCGGGACCUCAGUAUGGAUUGCCUGUAGAUGGUUGUAUUGGAAGACGAUUUUUUCAAAGUCCAGCCCACAUUAAUCUAUUGAAAGAAAUGAAGAAACGUCUGGUUGAAGUGGCCGACUUCCAUCAUGCUGCCAGUAAAGCCCUCCGAGUUCCAGCAGAUGGCAGUGAAGGGCCAGGUGAAAACAAUGCCUGCCCUGCUGGCUAUCUGACUUCCCCAGAGCUGCAUACAGAACUUGUGAGGCUCUUCAAUGUAUUUAUAUUAUGGCUAGAAGAUGAGAACUUUCAGAAAGGAGACACCUGUAUUCCUUCUCUACCAAAGCAAUACGAUACACACAGACUAGCAAAGAUCAUGCAGAAUCAACAGGAUUUGUGGAUGGAGUAUUUGAACAUGGAACGCAUCCGUCAUGAAUUUUGGGAAGCUCUUAAUCUUUGGAUUCAAGUAAAACUUGAAUCCCAUUCCCCACCCAGCAGUUUGUCAGUACAGAUGGAUUUUACUGAUCCUUCAUCAGCCAAAGAGAGGAUCUUGAGCAACUUGAAGAAGCAUGAGGCUCCACAUCCUCCCCUUCUUCUACAUGCCUUGAAAGCUCCAGUGCCAGUCAUUUCCUCUGCUAGUUUGCUAAAUCAGAAGGAAACUAUGCAGCUUAUCCGCCCAGACCUGAAUCUGUUGCAACAGCAUGCUAAAACUGCAACCCUUCGGGAGUCCCAGCAAGUUGCUCUGGAUAGUGAGCUGUUGGAUGCAAUUCCCAAACAGUAUGUUAAUCGAGAAGAGCAGAUCACACUGCAUUUGGAGUGUCGGGGUAGCAGCAGCAGGAAGUGCCAGGGAGCAGCUGUUGUCACAGUUCAGUUUGAAGGUAAGCAUAAGAACGAAGCUAUUAGCCAACAACUUAAUGUUUUACUGAAAGAAGUGAAGCAGUUACAAGCAGAAGCUUCCAAGCCACCAUCACAGAGUAUUGUGGAAGCAGCUGUGCAUGCUGAAAACUUGAUUACGGCCUUAGUGAAUGCUUAUAAGUUGCAGCCUACACCUGGUAUUCAAAAAGUUGGCAUUAGCCUCUUCUUUACAGUGGUGGAGUAUGUAUGUGAUGAGACACAAAGGCACCCUCCUACAAGGCAGUUCUUUACCUCCUGCAUUGAGAUCUUAGGACAAGUGUUUAUCAGUGAUACCAAAUCAGAGUGUAAACGAGUGCUCCAGACAAUUUUGAAGAAUAGAAGACUUUGUACUCUUCUUUCUCCUUAUUUUACUCCAAUUGCUGCACCUGAAGAGUUCAUAAAUUUGUAUGAAAAAGUGGUGAAGUUUCUAAGUGAAGAUAAUAGUGAUAUGAUUUUCAUGCUGCUAACCAAGUUCGAUCUUAAGCAAUGGUUAAACUCCACUAAACCUCCUCUGUCUGAUCGUACCAGGCUCUUGGAGUCCAUUCAUUUGGCACUUACUGCCUGGGGCCUUGAACCGGAUGAAGACAUUUUGAUGUCAUUCAAUAUAUUCUGUAAACACUGGACUUAUCUCCUUCUGUACCAGUUCCCUGACCAGUACAGUGACAUUCUAAGACUGCUCAUGCAAAGUUCAGCUGAGCAGCUAUUGAGUCCUGAGUGUUGGAAGGCAAUUCUGAAAGCUCUGGGCUGUUCUUCAUCUGAGAGGAAAGAAGGGGACUGUCCACUCCCUGUAACUGAAAGCCCCCUAUUUCCAAGUUCUCCUAAUAUCCUCUUGUCAGAUGAACAGGUAAUGGAGACAAUUCAAUGGCUUUCAAAUUUUUUCUAUAAAUUACGGUUAUCCAAGUUGGACUUUAAGAGUUUUGGAUUAUUUUCAAAAUGGACUCCUUAUGUGGCUGAUGUGAGGACAUUAUUGGAGUACCUUGUGAAACGGCUGAUUGGCUCUGAAAUAGCUUGUUUGGAGCAAGGUCCAUUAACUAACAGUAGAGCAGUGUUGAGGUCUCUCCAUUCACUAAUUGUUCAACUCUUCAAGCCAUGGAUUCUGGUUUUAGAAGACAAUAUAAGCAAUCAGCGCUAUUAUCCCUGGCUGGAAAGUGAUGCAUCCAUGGCCUCAAGCGUGGUGCAUUUGUUCACCAAAUGUAUUGAGAUUUUGCACGAAAGUUUUAAAGAUAAACUCUUGCCUGGUGAUGAAGGAGCACUUCGGCUACACUUGAUGCAUUAUUGUGAGUCAUGCACAGCAUCCAAAAUGCCAGAAUUUAUUCUCUUUGCUUUCCAUAAUGAAUACCGAAAACUUCCAUGGAGGGACAUGCACCCAGACCAAGUGCUAAUGGAAGCAUUCUUCAAAGUGGAAAGAGGAAGCCCUAAAAGCUGUUUCUUAUUCCUGGGAUCUAUUUUGUGUGAAGUAAACUGGGUUAGUGUGUUGUCUGAUGCUUGGAAUCCCAAUCCUCAUCCAGAGACAAGAAGCAUGAUUGUCUGCCUGCUCUUCAUGAUGAUCUUACUGGCAAAGGAAGAUCAGCUUGUAGAACAAGACGAUUCUCCAUUGCUCAAUCUCCUUGGACAGGCGAGCUCUCUUUCCUGGCAUCUUGUAGAUAUUGUGUCAUACCAGAGUGUCAUUGGGUACUUUAGCAGCCAUUAUCCUCCAUCCAUCAUCUUAGCAAAAGCUUCUUCAGCUGAAUUAAUAGUAAAACUCUUAAAAACAUCUGCAGGCUUCAGUGUUCCUACUGAUGGACAAAUGCAUCUUGAUGCAGUUCCAAAAUGCCUAGCUUUCACUCGCCAGGUGGUACAGUUUCUUAGCUCUCUGGAACAAAAUGGAAAAAUUACCUUUUCAGUACUGGAACAAGAAAUGUCUAAGCUUUUGGAUGACAUUGUUGUCUUUAAUCCACCAGAUAUGGAUAACCAGACACGCCAUAUGGCCCUCAGCAGACUCUUUGUUGAAGUUUUAAUGAUGAUGAAUAAUGCAAGUCUCCCAACAGCUGAGUUUCUUCGGGGCAGUGUCCGCAACUGGAUUGACCAGAAAGUGCAUGGGUUGGUGGUGCUUCCCCUUUUGACAGCAGCGUGCCAGAGUUUGGCAUCUGUGCGACACAUGGCCGAGAUUACAGAGGCCUCUAUCACUGCCUACUUCCAGGAUGACUCUCUCAAUCAUCAUUUGGGAUGGGGGCCUAUCCUGGUAUCCCUUCAAGUUCCUGAACUCACCAUAGAAGACUUUAUUCAGGAAUGUCUAUCCCUUGGAAGUUAUUUGACCCUAUAUGUCUAUAUGUUGCAGUGUUUAAAUAGUGAGCAAACACUACGAAAUGAAAUGAAAGUGUUACUCACCUUAGGAAAGUGGCUGGAACAGGUUUAUCUCGGCUCUGUGCGAGAUGAGGCAAAGCUCUUUCUGUGGUGGCACCAGGCGUUGCACUUGUCCCUGAUCCAAGUUGAACAGGAUGAUGCUGUGCUGAUCGGAUCUGUUAUCCGGACUCUUCUUGGGAUCCAGAACAGACAGAGCCAGACAGCAGAGGAAAGGCUGAGCUCAGGGAUACUAGGUGCUAUUGGAUUAGGCAAGAAGUCUCCCUUGUCCAACAGGUUCCGUGUAGUUGCAAGAAGCAUGGCUGCCUUCCUUUCAGUUCAAGUUCCUUCAGAAGAUCAAAUUCGUUUGAAGCCUAGUUCUGAAUUACAUUUCUCUCCAAAAGCUCAGCAGGCACUGAAUACUCUUGAAUCCAUGUCUUCAAGCAAGCAGUAUAUAGAAUAUCAAGAUCAGAUCUCCCGAGCCUCCCAGUUUAUAAAGAAUCCUGGCCAUUGCCUUCAGGAUGGGAAAAGUCUCCUGGCUCUUCUUAUUAACUCUCUGUAUCCAGAAGUGCAUUAUUUGGACAUUAUUCGAUAGCAGCAUCGAGGGCCAAGGAAAACCCUGUGAUAAUUUCUGUUUACAUUUGAUGUCUAACUUUGACUGUCUAGGUCCACAGUAGAACUGAGUACAACCGAUGAGGAGGGUGGUUGAAAGGGAUGUGGGCACUGAUUAUUUCUACCAGGUAUUUUGGAUGUAUGUAUGUAUAUGUGAGUGUGUAUGCAUGUGUUUUCUUAGCUAUUAUAGUAACAUUAUGUUGAAGCACCAAGGACUAUUUAGUUUUUAUUCCUGUGAAAAUGAAAAACUUAAUUGAGCUUCACCCUGAUAGAAAGCCAGUGGGCCUUGCAGAAUGACACAAUAAGGCUUACAGACCAUAGGACAACUUUUUUCUCUCUGUAUUUUGUUGUUCUUCUCCUUGCCCUUAAAACAAACAAACAAAUUACUGAGGUUCACAUGUUAGAAAUGACCACCAGUUGAAGUCAUAUGAAAAAGCUGUACUUUGAAUCUCAUUAAGUUCCUCAAAAAUAUAGGUGAGGUCUACUUUGUGAUUCUCCUUUGGAAAGUUUGUUGUUUUUCUUAAAUGAUAGAAACCAUGAAGUUACUAAAUGACCACAUUUAUUCUGGCUUCCUUUUCUCAGUAGUUAGGAGUCCAUUAGUACACUGAAGAUCAAAUCCCAAACCCCAUGCUUCUCUACAUAGUUGUCAUAAGUUAUUGGGGCCAGUAAAAUGAGUUUCUGGUGGCCAAUUUUUUUUUUAUAAGCUCUCCAGGCCCUUUUUCCAACAGCACAUGUUGCCAGGUAUAUUAUUUGAAGUCUUCCAAACUGUCCAUAGCACCUGCAAGAGUUUGUGCUCUGCUGGCCCAGCUUUCAAGAAUUCAAGGGCCACCUCCACUGGGAACACCUGAGGAUGAUUGGAGCGGGCUUGUCCUGGCAAGGCCCUUAAUUCCAUCUCACAUCUAUGACUUCAGCUUAGCUUCAAAACUAGAGCAUCUGAAAGUCGAAUGUGCUUUAUGAGUCAGUCCUUGUCUAAAACAAUUAUCACCAUGUCCUGGUUGCUGAUGAGAAGCAGAGGUGGCCGAUAAGUUAUCUUUAUUUGUCUCAUCCUGAAAAGUACAUAAGGAUUCUGUUCAGAAAACUAAAGUCAAAGGGAGAAAAGAAUGAGGACAUCUUUCUGUUCUUUUCCUUCAGUUCUUUAUUUGAAUUCCAGUAGAGAUUAGAGAGCCAUUCAAAAUCCCAAGGAAGCUUACUGCCUGGGAAGACCAAUAUUUCUGAACUCUGGAUUUGCAGAACGGGGCACUUAUGGUCACUUGAAUUACAUUCAAUUGUUAAAUAUUGAUUACUUCCAUCUGACUAGAAUAAAACCAUAUUGUCUUCCCAUUUUUCAAUGUUUUAUUGCCACAUAUUCCUUUCUUCAUAAAAGAGCAAAUAAGCACUGUCAGCUUCAAAUGCAUCUUGUCUGUUUUAGUUGCUCAAGGCUUUGUAAUAUUUAUCUGUAGCUUGAGAACUUAUGUUUCACAUCUUCUCCACAGUCAUGGAGAAUUUUUAGAGGCCUAGUAAGCUGAUGGGCACUCCCCACUCUCAGAAAACCAUUUGAAUACUUAUUCUUCUAUCUGGCAGCUAUGCAGAAGCACUCUCAUGCUGAACUUCAUUAAUUAGGUAGAAGAAAUUUACCACAGACAAACAUUCUCUGAAGCAUAAUUUUAAAAGCCUUUCAUGCUUAGGCAGCAAAUUGACCAUUUCCUAGUUUUUCCUUGCUUAGUUUCAUCAGGGUCUUGAUUUUUGCCUCACGUUUGGCUUUGUUAUUUCUGCAGUGUCCAUUUUGCCUUGUCUUUCUCAUAUUGUAAAUGAUCAAAAUCUUAGAAACUCUUAGUUUUUAACCUGGGCAUUUGGGCAGUGUUUUCUUUACUACUGUAAGGUACAGUGCCUUGCUUGUGGGAUGCACUUAAUAUAUUUUCUUGAAUGGAACUGACUGGAAACCAUCCCUCCUGCCCUGCUCUGAUUUUAGCAUUUCUAUACCUUUUCUUUGAAGAAAAGGUGGCAGUCACAAACUCUUGACACCAUAGAAGAUGAAAAUAUCAGAGAGCGAUGUACAUACUUUAAAGAAAAUUAUGUUUAAUCUGUUAACUUUUGGAACUUUAUAAUAUUUAUAAUGAACUUGGGUUUGUAAAGAAUUUUAAGAAAUAAAAAAUAUUAUUGGUUGCAUCUGCUGAGGAGAGGUUUGUGGAGAGAUCAUCUUGUGAAAAUGUGUUCGGUGUGAAACUGAAUGUAGAACUAAUGCCUGGAGUCUUCUUGCUGAUUUAAUCUUGUAAUUUGAAUAGCAGAGAUAUUUAUUAAAUAGACCAUCUGUAUUAUUAGUGUUUAACAUUCAAGGACAAGUCAAGAUGACAUAAGGUUACCUUCUUGUAUGGAGUGAAUAAAUAAAUGGGUAGCAAUUGAAACUCCAAGCAGCUGUUUAUGAUCAGCUACAUGGGACCAGAGAAAUACCUUAAAGAAACAGUGCCAGAGAGUUUGGAGUUCAAACUUUAAAAACAAAAGAAAAAAAAAAAACAAGAUCAGUGUUAAAAAUUGUUUUUACAUGUAAUUGGGGAAAAAGAAAAGGAAACAGUGUUAAAUGCUGCAGUGUAGCUAUUACCUCCUGGAAAAGAAUAGGGACAGGUAGACUGACCUGACCUUCACACAAGAGCCAGAAAUAUUAUGUUCUUUGCUUUUUAAGAAUGAAUUUGCUUUCCUAAUAGCAAAGCUUUUGAGGCUGUGUGCCUAGGAGGUAGGACCUCAAAGCAAAUUAGCAGAUUUUUGUUUAGUCACAAGCAAUAAGACAGUGCUUAGUGAAGGUGGUGGGAGGGACAAAGGGUCAUAGACUCUUUGACACAUUUCAUACUGGCCAAUAGCAAUUGCAGAUUGGUCUGUAUAGCUGUUUACCGGCUAUAUAAUAUUCCUUUGUGGGUAGACCACUAAAAGGGAAGCUAGGGACUGAGGGAAUACGGGUGGCAGGGUUUAAAGCUUAAGGGAGAAAGGACCUAGAUAGUGAAAGUAGACAUAGAGACACUGGAGUCUUCAGCAUAACUCAAGCCUGCACUGUCUGUCUACCUCUGAUGGCAUAGAGACUUUUUUUUGACACAGAGACUGGAUUUUAUUGAGGUUUCAAGCAAUGGGGGUUGUGGUAUAAUUAAUCAAAUAGGUGACAUAGCAGAAAAAUUAACAUCAUAUCAGUAAUCAAGGACAAGAUAAAAGAGCCAGAUCCUAAGACAAUGGAGUAGCCAAUGCCCAGUAGUUCAUUUGCCCUUUCCACACACUGACCCUAUCUGAUACAAAUGCUAAUUGAGUGCCCAUGCCAUUACAAAGAGACUAUAGAGAUAGCCAGCCUUGGGGAGGGGUUAGAGUACAGCCAGAUUGGAGUCCUGGGAAUCAGUCAUGAGGAAUACAAGAAAUAUAUCUCUAAGUCUGAUACAUGAGCACUUCGCUCAUUAGAGUCAGCUUUUAACACUCAUGAUUUGUUCAUACCUGGAACCCUACAGACUGGAAUAUCACCUUCAGGUGAAAAGGAGGGUAAUAGGCCCACUAGGCUUUUUGAGUGUCUUCAAUUAA